AUGGAGUACCUCGUGCGCUUCAGCCAGUCGCACGAGUCGUUUCGACUCGCUGAGAUCCAGGCGCUGGCCACGCUGGAGGGCAUUGAGCUCGAGAUUUCCCCCUUCUGUGUCAUCAAGGUCGCCGACGAUGAUGCUGCCACACGGCUUGUCCGCCGCUCUCUGCUGGCCCAGUCUAUACACAGCCUCUGGGGUUGGGGCGAUACCCUAGACGAGUUCUAUGCGGACAUCAGUCGACGUGCGGCGCCGCUGUGGCCUCCCUAUGUCAAGUCCAGCUUCAAGCUGGAGUCCGACGCUUUCCAGGGCAAGCGCAGCAAUAAGGAUCGCCUCGCUCUCAUCGACAGCUUCGGUGCCGUCCUGCCGCUCGAUGGCGACAUUGAUAUGCGCAAUCCCGAGCUUGUCUUAACUGUAUUCGAGCAUUGGACGUUUGGGUCGGUGCAAAAGAAGCUUCCAGACCCGCAGCACUUCUACAUGGGGCGCUUCGUCGCCAACACCGCCCGUGACGCCAGUCUCACAUUUGACCUGAAGAAACGCCGGUAUAUAGCAACCACCAGUAUGGACGCCGAGUUGUCCUUGCUGACGGCCAAUCUGGCACUGGCCGCGCCUGGCAAGCUGUUUUAUGAUCCCUUUGUCGGUACCGGCAGCUUCCCGCUGGCGGCGGCGCACUGGGGCGCCACGGCCUGGGGCAGCGACAUUGAUGGGCGGGCCGUUCGUGGAUCGGCAGCGGGCAUCAAUGGCGCUGGUGGUAGCGGUGGAAGCCGCACCGGGAGGGCCGAUGUGCGAGGCAAUUUUGAGCAGUACGGGCUGCUGGCUGCCUUUGGAGACGUGUUCACUGCUGACUUGACGCACAUCCCGCUGCGCCGCGGUGCCGAGCACCGGUGGAUCGACGGUAUUAUCUGUGACCCACCAUACGGUGUCCGUGAAGGACCUCGCGUGCUGGGUGUCCGGAACCCCGAGAAGAAGCCGUGGGCUGUGGAAGCAGGAAAGAAGAUGUAUAAGGACCCGACUUUCAUCCCGCCGAAGCAGCCAUACAGCUUUAUGGCGCUCCUCAACGAUCUCAUGUGCUUUGCUGCCGACACACUUGUCGACAACGCCCGCCUCAGCUUCUGGAUGCCUACCGCCAACGACGAGGCGCAAGAGCUUCCUGUGCCUACGCAUCCCUGCUUGGAACUCAUUUCAGUCUGUACUCAGGUGUUUAACAAAUGGUCUCGACGCUUGAUAACGUUCCGCAGACUGCCCAACUCAGAGGUCGACGCCGACGCACUGGCACUCGUCACGAAAGCCGCUUCGGAUGCACCCAAACUGAAAGGCCAAACAGCCAACGACCUCAACCCAUUCCGGAAGAGCUACUUUAGCAAGUUUGAAGUGUCUGGCAGUGCGGCAUCAAGUUCUGGUGAUAGCACACCAGCAAAGCCCGAUCCAAUUGCGGAAACCCCUGACGCUCUUCCUGCGUCAGAAGUACCCACAGCCACCGCGACGGCGGCCAAUGGGUCAAUACCACGGCCAGAUUCGAGGCCGGGCCCGGCCGUGACGUCGGUGCCGACCCCUGCUCCUGAUUAA